AUCAUUCGUUAUCUGUCCCUUCGAGAAAAAUAGGAAGCCGUAAUUAAGUUACGGAAUACAACAGUGCGUUUUUAAAAUGGGAUAGCUAGCUAAGCGUCUUGUUUUUCUUUCACUCAUCCACCAUUGCUGAGUUUGUGAAGGAAAAAAGAAAAUUAUUCACAAUUCUCUAAGGUAUAUGCAAAUUUCAUUCCACGUUGAAUGGCGAAAAUCAAUAAGUUAAAUAUCAAAUAGUUACAAUUUUUAUUAAAAAUUUAUUGGCGAGUAAAUCUCUUAAAGAAGCAAAUAAUUUGAGAAAAGCAGAAAAUCAUCCAUUGGUCAAAAGAUUAGCAGAGACAACGCAACAUAUACAUACAAGGUUUUUAAAGGAGAAAAACACAAAUGAAAAUUAUGGCCGACUUGGAUGCAGUGCACCUGGGCUUAGAUGAAAAUGAGGCAGAUAUUGCCGAGGAAUUACAAGAUUUCGACGACUCCUUUGAUACACGUAGCGAAGCGUCGGAAUCCGGCUCGGACUCUUCAGUCUCCCAGCCUAGCAUUAGUUCAGUGAGUACGGCUCUAUCGUCCAUUGGUGAAAAACACAAAAACAAGACGAAGAAGAAAGCUAGUAAGGAGAAUGAGAAGAAAGCAACUACGAAGCGAACAUCUUCGCCCGGGGGCGGGGCUAUAAAUGGGAAGAACACUUCUGCUGGUAGUAAGAAAAAACGAUUUACCGAAGAAUCGUCCCAUAAGGUCGUUGAAUCAUCAAGUAAAACUGCUGAGAGUAAAGUAGGUAGCAGCAAAGAUAAGAAAUCUCAGAAAAAGGUUAGCAGCGGCAGUGGUAAAAAUUCUUCAACUACUUCUAUAGCUAACAAUGGCCCGGCCAAUGCUAGCAGCGGAUCAGCACAUGCUAUUACAAGUGGUCAUAAAAGUGAAGCCAGCGAUGCUGAAGAAAAACCUACAUCGAAAGCACCAUUUGAUAGUGAUUCCGAAUCCGAGGAUUCCGAUUCGGCAGCUAACAUAAAACGUAAUGGUAGAAAAGCAGUUUCCAAGAGUGCUUCACCUGAAAAGAAACCACAGAGUGGAUCUAAUCCCAGUGGUAAAUCAUACGAUUAUAUGACUAAACUGAACUACUUGUUUCGUGGCACACAUUUCUUCUUGAUUAAGUCCAAUAAUGCAGAUAACGUUGGAAUUGCAAAGACCAAAAAUGUGUGGGCUACAUUACCACAAAAUGAAGCAAAUCUGAAUCAAGCCUUCAAAGAGUCUCGAAAUGUUCUGCUAAUCUUCUCCGUCAACGAGAGCGGAAAAUUCGCGGGCUUUGCGCGCAUGAGUUCUCAAUCGCGGCGAGAUCUUGCUCAUCCCGCUUGGGUGUUACCGCCUAGCAUUUCGCCGAAAGCCUUGGGUGGUAUUAUUGAGCUUGACUGGAUUUGCCGGAAAGAGCUCUCGUUUAACUGUACUUCACAUCUUUAUAAUACUUGGAAUGAAAGCAAACCGGUUAAAAUUGGACGAGAUGGACAGGAAAUUGAACCCAAGGUUGGAGCAGAGCUAUGCCGAUUAUUCCCAGAGGAUGAAAAGAUCGAGAUGACGCCUAUAUUGCGAAAAUCUAAAGAGACUGCAAAGAUUAUGCGUGAGAAGGGUAUUCGCGUAUCGUAUCGUCCACCUCGUAGUUUAUCUUCACGUGGUAGUCGCGGUAGUUCUGGUGCUAGCGGCGGAUUUCCAGGAUACCGGCAAAGUGAUCGCCGCAGUGGUAAUGUUGGUGGCCCACUCCGACAUAGGCGCACUUUUAGCGCAGGACCACAUCGUCCGUAUAAAUUACCGCCACUUGGUAUGCCACCUGGUGGUGGAUUCAAACGCUCAUCAUCUCCAUACAGAGGAGGUAGUGGCGUCGGACCGGGAGGUAGUGGCGGAUCGCGUACUGGUGGUGGCGAUGCUGGCUUGCCAUCGUGGGAUCGAUAUAUGAACUCCGCCGAAGCUUACAUGGUUGACUAUAUGCGUUCAAUGCAUGGCCAACUUCCACCAUUGCCCUUUGUACCACCAUUUGCGCAACUUCCUCUCUCUGCUUCCGGUUCAGGUGCAUUACCACCACCGGGACCUCCGUCAAUGUAUGACCAGUUACCUCCACCAGUGCGGUACUAUGAUGGACCACCACUGCCAGAUUAUCCACCGCCACAACCCAUCAGGCCCCCACCACCUGGUUUCGACAAAGCGCCGUCUUACGAGGAUUUUGCAGUUUGGAAGAAUGCCGGCUUACCAACAUUACCAGAAGGCAUGCCGCCGGGUUUUCCAAAUUUUGGCAGCAGCGGAGGAGCAUCAUCAUCUAAUGGUAAUGGCAGCGGUAUAGGUGGUUCAAGCUCUGUUGGCGGUGGCGGAAGUUUUUCCAAUGCUGCUAAUCCCAUUGGUUCAGGCAACCCAUCAAGUGGUCCUAAUAGUUUCCGCAGCAGCAGCCAACGUUCCAAUAAUUCCAACCUAAUGCGUCCACGCGAACGCGCCGGUGGUCGCGACUAUCGUGGGCCCAGUGGAAGCAUGAGUGGUGGCUCACGCAGCGGUGGUAAUGAUAGACAUUUUCGUGCCGGCGGUGGUAGCAGUGGUGGAGCGCGGAAUUAUCGGGACGGUAGGCGCUAAGCAGGAUAUGUGAGAUUACUAUAAAAAAAAGGCAACAUAAAUUGCGAAGUGAAUCAUAUGCGAUCUUACGGUUACAAGCGUCUAGCCAUUGUGAAAGUAAAACCAAGCAAAAAAAAAAAAACGAAUGGUUGAAGCUGAGUGAAAAAAAAUUAAGUGCGUCAAAAUAAAAAAAAAAAACCCUAAACCCCUUCAAAACCUAUUAUACGUGCUGUAACCUCUUCGUAUUCGAACUUUGUAAACAGAAGUGUUAAGUUGCAUGAUAUGUAUUUUAUUCAGUGUUGCCGCUGAUAUCUUGAAUGGUAUAUUCUUCAAAUUACCAAAAACCGAAAAGUGAUUACAAUUUUAGGCUUAAAAUCUAUCAUACCAAGGGAAUUUUGAAUUCCAAAAUAAUAAGUGUAUAUGUAUUACCCCUUAAAUAAUAGACAUCGAAUCAAACAAGCAAAUGACCCGAAGAUUUGAACCAUAUUUUCGUUUAGUAGCAACAACUAAUUUCACAAUUCAUAUUUUUUUAAUUGGGAUUUCAAGUUCAUAAAUUUAAGUAAAACCUUAAAGUUAAUAAAUAUUUUACAACUUUAUUGGACGCGCUGACUCGAAUAAGUUCUUGCUCUAUUUUUAACAGCACAUCAAAACAAAUUAAUAUACUUGCAGCCCCAAGAUGAUAAAAUGAUGAAACUCGGUUUUGUGUCGCACCAGUUACAUAGAUGAUUGAUUUUGACUAAAGCUAAUUAAAAUAAUAUUACCACUGUGUCGUAACAUACUCGAUUCAGGGGUGAAAGGAAAGAAAAGUUGACAAACUCUUUUAAUAAUUAUAAAUACACGCAUAUAUAUAUAUAUAUAUAAUUUUGAAAUUUAAACCCUAGUUAUAAUUUUACGUAUCGAAAAAAUAUAAAAAACAAAUAUAAAUGUGGACUUUAUUUGCUUAACGAAGGCGGAGAGGUUGCAAUGAAAAAAGAAAAAGCAAAAAUAUAUAUACGAACUGUUGUGAAAAUAUGGACUGCUUUGACCAGUUUAAUCGAAAGACGUUUACCCUAUACCCACUCCACUGAAACCGUCUUAUCAAUCAGCUUCCAAAUAAAUAAAAAAGAGUGUUUAAAAAUGCUCAAGUACAUCAAAAAAAAA